GAGGACUUAAGUGGCAAAACUGCAUAAGUGUUUGCACUGAUGGAGCAGCCGCCAUGUUCGGGGGCACCAAAGGAUUUGUAAGCAGAGUGAAAGAGCAACUUCCAGAUGCUAUUGCAACGCAUUGUUUUCUGCACCGUGAGGCACUUGUUGCCAAGACACUACCAGCAGACCUAGCUCCUGUAUUGGACGAUGUUGUGCGCAUGAUAAACUUUGCGAAGACAAGACCUGUAAAAAGUCGCAUUUUUGCAUCAUUGUGUGAGGAAAUGGGAGCGGAGCAUAAAGUGCUAUUGCUGCAUAUGGAGGUCCGGUGGUUGUCCCGUGGCAAAGUUUUAGCCCGUGUGUUUUUGACAAAUGAGAGGUGUGAUGACGCUAAGUUGCUUUCAAGUGAUGAGUGGUGUGCAAGACUAGCAUAUCUGGCGGAUAUAUUUCAACAUUUCAAUGACCUGAACACACAGAUGCAAGGCCAAAAUGAAAACCUGCUCACAAGAGCAGAUAAAAUAAAUGGAUUUCCUUCAAAGGUGCAGAUCUGGCACCAACACGUGGAAAGUGCCAACCUUCACAUGUUCCCACACAUCCGGAAAUGGAACCCAUAUAGCUCAACCACAGCUGGAAAGGACAUGACUUUGCAGGAGCAGGAGGAAAUAACUGUACUGAAAGAAAAUCGUGUUUUAAAGCUGAGCUUUGCUGAUCUACCUUUGGACAGUUUUUGGCUGACUGCUACCAAGGAGUUCCCCAUUCUGGCAAGCAGAGCUAUUUCAGCCCUGCUCCCAUUUUCCACAACCUACCUUUGGCUUUUCAAGCAUGACUGCUAUGAAAACUAA